AUGAGAAAGUUGGAUGCCAAAGAGGCACGUCGACACAGGCAGAAGCUUCAACGACGAGGAGAGUGGAAGUGUUCAUGGGGGAAAACUCGCAGUGCGACUGAAAGUGAUAGUGAAGAUGAAGAAAAGAACUGUGAAGGAGUAGAAGAUGAGGAGAGCAGUGAUGAUUCGAUGAAGAGAGAUGAGAGAGCAAAAGAAGCAGAGAGGAAGAAAAUAAAAAGGCAAGAGUUUGAAUAUGUGAUGUACAAGUGUUAUCUCACCGAAAAUAAGAACAAUCCUCGUAAGUUUGCUCGAACCAUGUCAGAACCCCUGAACGUGGAUUCUGACGGAGAGGAGAUUCCUGGUGAAGCAGAUUAUGAGGAAGAAGAAACCGAAGAUGAUGAUAUCCAGGGUCCCUACACAUCUUCAGACAGUAAUGAUGAUACUGUUGCCUACUAUGAAGAUGAUGAGUUAAACUACAGCAGCAACAAUGAUGACGAUUCUUGGUGA